AUGGCGUAUGUGGGAAUGGAGAAGUGUUUGGUGGUGUGGUUGGUUCUUUUAGGGCAUUAUUUCAGGUGUAUCUUUGCUAAUCUGGAAGGUGAUGCAUUACAUAGCGUUAGGACAAACCUAAGGGAUCCUAACAACGUUCUUCAAAGCUGGGAUCCAACCCUUGUCAAUCCCUGCACAUGGUUCCAUGUCACCUGCAACAAUGAUAACAGUGUAAUAAGAGUGUAA